UGAAUGAUGGUUGGGAUUGGCGUUGAUGUGCACCUCUCCUGUAGCAUGGGAGUAGUGGUAGUGGUGCCAGCGUGGAGCAGGUCUGGGAAUUAAUUAUAAUACCUGGGCUUGUGGACACGCGUGUCAUGAAGCAGCAACCUAGGACGCAAAGCAUGGUGCCGGUUCGUUUCUCCAUGUAUACUAUCGGGUGGUCGUUCAAGAGGGCGCUUACACUUGCUCUUUGGACACGACGGGGUCGGGCGAUUGCUCGAAUUAGAAAAGAGUCUCUUCAGCCGUUCCAAUGUCUAGCUCUUCUCUUCUCUUCUCUUCUCUUUUCUAAACAUCACCUAUCGAGUGGUAGCCGCGCUGUCCACGUAUCUGCAAGGUCGACUUUUAUAGCUAUUAGAAAAUCCCCAAUUGUAUGUACAUUAUACAAUAGCCUCCACACGCGACACGGAAAGCGAAAUCCAAGAAAACCCGAAUAUAUCCCCAUAUUUGCACAGCAUAGACAGAAAAGAACAGCAAGACACCGAUUCAAAGAGCGGUCAUGGGUGAUAGAACAGCAGACAGGCGCCCCCGCAAGAUUCAGCACCGCCACCGCGGUUAGUAACUCCAUCCACGUCCUUCGUGAUAACAACCAGCAGCAGAAAGUAAGCAAGUCAUAGGCAAAGGAUACUGUUCUCUUGUUCGAGAAACCGUGCGAGUCGAGAUCGAGCCGCAACUAUGCACCAUCAAGAUAGGCAGGAAUCGAGGGACGAGAACGGAGAAAGGGUUGAGCCAGACGCAAUUCCCAAGUGAGAGAUCAAGAAAUAUGUGAACAGGAUAAGACCAUAUUGUUAUAUGCUCUAA